CAGAUAUUUGGCAACACUGCUCUCUAUACCAAAUUACUUGGAGUUAUAUUUUUUACCUUUUGUGGCUGAUUUGUUGUGAAUGAGCAUCAGAAUUAAUUAAACCCGCAGCUGACCGAGGUAAAAUGAGUGGCAGCGCCGAGUUUCAAACGUGGCUAAAUGAGCAACUGCGUCAGCUCAACACAGAUGAAAAUGUGUUCGGUUCGUAUAUUAUCGGCAUUCUGGAGGGCGAGGAGUCACAAGAUGAGAAACUGGAGGCACUGGAAGAUAUUUUAAGUGAAACGGGGUCAUCCGAUAUUGAGGAAAUAGUUAAAACUAUUCUACAAAAAUGGCUACAAAGUCAUCCAUCUGCUGAUGAGCCACCAAAAAAGGGUCUGGACAUCGAUGUAAAUGCCCAAUUAGCCAAAUUGCUGGAGCAACAAAAGUUACAACCAACUGUCAAUCAGCGUGAAUACACAGCGGAAGAGCGUCGGAUUAAGGAACAGAUAUUGGCACAAUAUUCACAGACUGCUGUGGCGGAGGAAGACGAUGAUGAAUCGGAAGCCGAGAGCACUGAUGGCACUGGUGGAGGUGGCGGACUGGUGGCGAAUACCAAUAAGUCCGAUGUCCAAGCCCUGGCCAAGGAGAAACGAGAACAAGCCCGUCUUGAUAGUGCGGCCAAGAAGCAAAAGGAUAAAGACGAUCGUGAAAAGCAAAAACAACUCAGAGAGGAGAAGAAAGAGAAGCGCAAAACUGUCAAGGGCGAACGUCGUCGGUAACCGCGUCUAGUCUGGAAAUUUUUUAAGGAACGCUCAGUGCAAAUUGUUGAAUGAUUCUCCGAGAGAAUGUUUUGCUUUAUAUUUGCCGCCCAAUAUCAAGAUAUUUGUAAGGAAAAUGUAUUGCGAUUUAUAAAACUGGCAAACAAAUGUGUUUUCUUUCAUCUGUAUAAUUUAAUUUACUAAAUUAAAUGUAUAUAUAGUUUUCA